AUGUUUGAGUUAGGUUUUGAGGUAAUGAGGUCGGAUGCAGGGAAGUGGGUUCCACUAUUGGUCCAGUGGGCUGUGGCGAGGAAGCAGAUGGGGCAGAUUGGGAAACAGGCUGUUGGUAGGAAGGCACCCGAUGGUAAAGAAAAAUGGAAUGCAACUCGAUCAGGAUCUAUAUGUUCUAACAGGUACAUAGAGAAUUCCGAAGGAGUUUUAGUAUGCGAGGAGGAUAUUGAUGAGAAUGAGAGAUUGUUGGUGGAGCAACCAGUAGGGGGAUGGUUAAAGAAGGCAGGCAAAGGAUCCACGAAGGCACCCAAUGGUAAAGACAAAGGGAAUCCAACUCGAUCGGGAUGUACAUGUUGUGACAAGUUGAACGAGGAGGAUAUCGAUAUUGAUAAUGAGAGAUUGUUGGUGGAUCAGCAAAUAGCAUGGGAUUUGUGGAAGAAUACGCACGAAGUAUCAAAGAAUAAAGAAAAAACCAAAAUUGUUAAUUCUGAUAAGUAG